CCACCCGGUUUCCACUCAACCGCGCGCGGAUCGAGUGAAGCCUACCUCGAGAGGUGGUGACCGACCGCGGGUUUUCAUCCCGAAACCUUAAAAAUAUCUAUUUUAACAGCUAAUGACAAUUGCACCAGCAUCAUAACUGGAUUUGGAGGUUUAACCUUCAAGAAGAACACUGCUAGUCGACUUAACGAAGAAAGUAAUCCAGACAGGGAAGCUACCAAGCGAAUGUCUGAAGACAGCUAGCUAGGAUCAGAAGAAGCCUAAACCACGAUAUCGUGUGAAAACAUUGCUGUUUUGUAUCAAGUUGCUCGUAACACAGUAGCCAGCCACCGAAUACAAUCAGAAAUCAAGCUUGCUACUUGGUCAUGUUGAAACCACAACAGCCCGGUUCCGGCGGGCGAAAAACCUCCAAUGGGACCGCAGGCCCCGUCAGUAUGUCUUCCACGGUCAGUGGGAUCAACACUAACAACAGAUCAUCGGUUGGGAGGAGUCGAACUUCUGUGAAGGCACCUUUCCAGUCUUCUUCUGUGUUUGAGGGUGUCUACAACAAUGCCAGAAUGAUCCAUUUUCUCACAGCUGUGGUGGGCUCCACCUGUGAUGUAAGAGUAAAGAACGGCAACGUGUACGAGGGCAUCUUCAAGACGCUCGGCUCCCGGUGCGAGCUGGCGGUGGAUGCAGUCCACAAACAUGCAGCGGAUGAGGGCCACUCCACCGUCCAACCCCGGAGGGAGGACAUCACUGACACCAUGGUCUUCAGCCCCUCGGACGUGGUCACCAUGAUGUGCCGUGAUGUUGACCUCAACUUUGCCACUCGGGACACUUUCACGGACACGGCCAUCAGCGCCACCCGAGUCAACGGCGAGCACAAAGAGAAGGUUCUGCAGCGGUGGGAGGGAGGGGACAGCAACGGAGAGGCCUUUGAUCUGGAGAAGGAUGCUUCCAACGGUUGGGACGCCAACGAGAUGUUCCGCUACAACGAGGUGAACUACGGCGUCAAGUCGACCUACGACUCCAGCUUGUCCAUGUACACGUUCCCUUUGGAGAAGGGGAGCACGGAGGGCUUCCGGCAGCGGGAGGCCCGUGCCACCCGCCUGGCCAGCGAGAUUGAGUCCAGCCCCCACUACCGGCACCGCGCGUCACUGGAGAACGAGGAGGGCAAGAGUGAGGAGGAAAAAUACAGUGCGGUGGUACGAGACGGCGGCGAGCAGCGAGGGAGGGAGAGCCCCAGAGAGAGGGGCCGCGACAGCCCAGGAAUCGUCAGCAGGGAGGGCAAAUACAUUCCCUUACCCCAACGAGCAAGGGAGAUGGGUGGCGGUGUGCGAGGCGAGCGGGCAGAACGGGGCCCGGGAAGCGGCGGAAGCACCGGCCCCGGCGGGCCCCCGGCCCACAACCGCGCCAGCCCUGGCUACCGCUCGGCCCCGCCGUCCUCUCCCAGACCCCCGUUGCCCUCGGGCACCAGCGGACCUCAGCCCCCUCCACCCUCCUCAGAGCGUGUGAGCCCGCUGUCCGGCCGGGCCGGUGGUCACGCCCCACACCACCCUACCCAGGGCAGCCCCAGCCCAGGUCCAGCCUACUCCCCUGGGGCUCCUCCCCCCGCGAACGCCAUCCUCUCUACCGCUAGUCCCCCAGCCCAGCACGGUCACACUGCAGCCCUUUCCCAAUCGCUGUCGGAGACAGGCAGACCGGUCAAUGGAGUGUCAUCGCGUACAUCCCCCAAAGCCCAGAGACCUAUCCAGUCCAACAGGCCAAUCCGAACCCCAAACGCACACACCCAGUCCACAGCUUCCCGCUCCCCGAAAUCAGUCACACAGGAAUCUGUGCCCUACCUGGACACGUCGUCCGUCUCUAUGCCUGCCCAAAAAACUUCUGGACCUGCCCCGCUUUUCCCUAUUGAUGUGAACGAGAUUCUCAGCACGGCAGCCAAAGAGCGGUCGGCAGAGAGUCCAGGGAGCACGGAAGACAGCAAGAGUAAAGUUCCCUCCAUUCAGCAAAGGUCACAAAUUGAAGAGCUGCGGAAAUUUGGCAAAGAAUUCAGGCUCCAGCCUAGUGGGAGUUGCUCCAACACUACACCACUAUCUUCCUCUGAAGCAGCCACAUCCUCAUCUGAACCCAGCCCCACUUCUUCAGACUCCAAACAAACCCUCGCUCCCCACAGUCCCUCCCAACUCCAGCCCUCGGCUUCCCCCUCAGCAGAUCCCACCAAGGACUCUAGCCCAGCCAUCACCACUGCUGGCUCCAUUUCAGACAGGCAAUCUCCAGGGCAUCCCCAGCCUGCCAGGACCCCAGGAAGUGAGGAGCUUGGACAGGAGACAGCAGAGAGAGGGGAGGGAGUAAAUGAUCAAAUCAAGAAGUCAACUCUGAAUCCCAAUGCCAAAGAGUUCAACCCCAACAAAAUUGCACUUGCCUUGACUAAGCCCAACCCUUCCCCCACGCCACCUCGGCCAACCCCUCCGAGUCCAUCGAUGGCACUCCCACAACACCCAGGAAGCCAGGGACCCAUCUACAAUACCCCCUACCUCUCUUACGUCUCUCAGAUCCACUCUGUACAGUCUCCGCAGAUGUACCAGUACACCGUGUCUACAGUCAACCAGGGGAAAUACCCAAGGGCCAAAGUCAUGUUUUGGCCUCCCCCAGGCUCGAUGGUGGGGCCCCCCCGCUCAGACCACGCCAACUCCGGGCCGCCCCAGGCCAUGCUGCAAGCAGCAGCGUCUGCAGCCGGGACCCCGCUGGUGGCUUCGCCCUACCCCCAGUCCUACCUGCAGUACAACCCCCAGCAGUACAGCCAGCAGCAGGUCAUCCAGGCCAUGACGCCCUACCCUGGACAGCCAAUGUACUCCAUGCUGCAGAGCAGCGCAAGGAUGUUGGGCCAGGGAGGGGGUCAUCCCCAGGCCAUGGGACCUCUGGGGGCCCCUCAGUUUCCAGGCCAGGGUGACGGGUCUCAGGGGCCACAGCAGACGAUCUACACUCCCCAGUCUUUCAACCAUCAUCAGGGCGCAGUGCACCCACCCCAACCCUCCAGCACCCCUACGGGGAACCAGCCCCCCCCUCAGCAGCAUGCCCCCAGCCCUGGACAGAAUCCCCAGUCGGGCCCCCAGUCUCUGUAUCACCCAGUCUCCCUCUCGGCCCCCACCCCGCCCAACAUGCCCCCCGGACACACGUCGCCCCAGGGAUCCUACUCCCUGCAGGGCUAUAGUCUUCACAGCCACCAGGGCAUCCCGCACACGUACCCCGGUCUGGGACAGUUGACACAGGCUCACGUCCAGGGGGCCAUGCACCAAGGGCACCACCAGGGUCAACACGGACACCCCCAAGUAGUUAUGCUCCAGGCCCCGCCCCCCCAGCAGGGACCCGGGCAGGUCCCACAGCACCCUCAACAUGGCCCGCAGCAAGGGGCUCACCAACACUUUUAUAUUGGACACCCACAAGCAAUGCCGGUCCAGACACACCCCUCUCCCUUCCACCCUCCUGGAAACUGACCCCCUCUUUUACCCCCUGCCCCUUCUAAAAGAACUGUCCACCGGGCCAUGCCCACCCAGGAAGUGACGCGAUCAUGUGACAAUGUGUCGAGGAGAAGCAGCAGGAUGUCAUUGGUUGGCCGUAGCUCCCAGCUUCAUUGUUGCUGAAACCUUGGUUACAUAAGAUGGUGACAAAUGGUGCCGCCAGCAGCAGUGUCCAGUCCUAUGCUUUGUUUUCCCUUCCAACUCCUUCCGUUUGAAAGAGGACGUAUGCCGCUGCACGGGGUCGUCAUAGUGGGCAGACAACAGGAGCGCCGAAAGAGCAGAAGACUUUCAACGCCGGAGAUGUGCUUUGAAAAUGAUUUUAUGUUCCUUCAUAUUUUUAUUAGGCAAACUGAUGUAAGAAAAUAUCUUCCUCAGAAAUCACUGUGUUGCAAAAAGGAAUAACAUGAAGGCAUUACAGAGGAGGGAGUUGGAUGGGAGGGGGGAUUUUAGCACAAAAAACAUUUCGCCCUUUUUUAACUUUCUGGUAGUGACCUGUCUCCCAUAUCCUUCCCUUCCCCCUCUGUUAUAGGGAAUUAUGAAUAUUAAAUAAAACAUGGAAAAUACAAAAAAAAACUAUUAAAACUACAAUGACCAAAAAAAUAAAGUUUUAAACUUAACUACAGAAACA